AUGGAUGUCGGCAAAAGCUAUGGGAUUGUUAAUUUUGGACAGAGUACGUUGAAUAUGAUGCGUAUUGAACAUGGCUAUAAAAUUUGGGGUCGAGAAGUAUUAGUGAUCUGUGAGCCGCUCACUGAGCUGCAGGGAUGGAGAACAGUGCCAAAACGCAUGGAAGUGAUUCGUAAAGAAGGCAGCGAAGAUAGAGUUGGACAGAUAACAUCGGGCACAUAUAGUGUACGCCUCAACAGACCUCUUGCUUUCGCCUGGGUACAUAUGGAUAUCACUCCGGAAGACAAGAGUGUGCUUUCACAGUGUAGACUUCUGACAUGGGAAAUCUGCUGA